GGAGUCACCUCGUAACAUUUGCACUUCUUCAUUCCUCCAUCUCGCAGUCUCUAUGACAUGGCCUCCCGCAAUAAUGCAAUCCCUGCGUCCCUUGGCCCUCCGGGUGCCUAGGUCAUCCCUUUUUCAAGCUCAAUCCAUAACUCGGCAAGCGGCCACCUCGUCGCGAACAGCCACCAUUGAACAAGACAAGAACUCAAAACGACCCCUCCGCCUGAUGCCCCUCGGCGGCUCAAUUACCUACGGCAUCGGGUCGACGGACGGAAACGGCUAUCGAAAGGCUCUCUAUGAUAUGCUCGUCGCCCGCGGCUACGCGGUGGAAAUGGUCGGGUCGCGCAACUCUGGCUCGAUGCUCAACAACGCCAACGAGGGCUGGCCCGGGCGUAGGAUCGACCAGCUCCAUUCCAAGGCACUAAAGCCGACAGCGAAGUUCUUGCCGGAUAUCUUCACUGUAAAUGCCGGGUCGAAUGAUUGUCUCCAGGACUACGAGAUUGGCUCUGCGGGAGACCGACUUGAUGCGAUGCUCGACGAUCUCUGGAAGACUGGGCUGCCCGACGCGACGGUUGUUCUCUCCACCCUUGUUGUGGCUGCUGAUGGGACUGUCAAUGAACGUGUCUUGCGGGUCAACGAGCAGAUUCGGAAGUUGGUAGAGAAGAAGCAAUCAGUCGGGGAGCGGAGGGUUUUUCUAGCCGACAUGUAUUCCUCUGCAGGGCCGCAGGUCGGGGAUUUGGUUGAGGACGGGAUACACCCCAGCGAUUGCGGGUAUGAGAGGAUGGCGAGCAUUUGGGCGGAUAGUAUCGAGAAGGCUGCAAGGGCAGGAGUGCUGCUUUGA